UCUCCCAUUUUCUCUUCACCACUUCCUACCCUUCACACAACAACACUAGCUAGGCCUCAAUUAGUUAUUAUUUGCCCUAAGUUACUUACUUGUAGUCACUACUUCUCCAAUGGCUGAUUUAGGCUCAGCCUCUUCCAAGAGAAUGUGGUGUUCCAUUCCAGAAAGAAUGCAGCUGCACGUGGCCAUGUUGGCCUUGCAGUUUGGCUAUGCUGGAUUCCAUGUGGUCUCAAGAGCUGCACUUAACAUGGGUGUUAGCAAGCUUGUUUUUCCAGUCUAUAGGAACAUCAUUGCAUUGCUUCUUCUACUCCCCUUUGCCUACUUCUUGGAAAAGAAGGAGAGGCCAACCAUGACUUUAAACUUCGUCUGCCAGUUCUUUCUUCUGGCACUUGUCGGGAUUACAGCAAACCAAGGUUUCUACUUGCUUGGCUUGGAGAACACUACCCCAACCUUCGCAUCAGCAAUACAGAACUCAGUCCCAGCCAUUACAUUCCUCAUGGCAGCCAUAUUCAGAAUAGAGCAAGUGAGACUGAACAGAAAAGAUGGGUUAGCUAAGGUGGCUGGAACAGUGUUGUGUGUGGUUGGGGCCACCGUGAUCACUCUUUACAAGGGUCCAACUAUAUAUAGCCCAGCAACUCGUGUGAACAGCAGCAGCAACAUAACACCCCAAAUAUUUGAUUUUGGGUCACUUUCACUGGGAGAUGCAAAGGGCAAGAACUGGACCCUAGGGUGCUUAUACCUCAUUGGACAUUGCUUGUCAUGGUCUGGUUGGCUUGUGUUGCAAGCACCAGUCCUCAAGAAGUACCCCGCUCGCCUCUCUGUCACUUCCUACACCUGUUUCUUUGGACUCUUGCAGUUUCUAGUCAUUGCUUUGGUCCUUGAAAGAGACUCACAGGCUUGGCUUUUCCACUCUGGUGCUGAAGCUUUCACAAUAUUAUACGCGGGAGUGGUGGCAUCUGGAAUUGCCUUCGCUGUACAGAUAUGGUGCAUUGACAGAGGUGGCCCUGUGUUUGUUGCUGUGUAUCAACCUGUUCAGACUUUUGUUGUUGCAAUCAUGGCUACCAUUGCUUUAGGAGAAGAGUUCUACUUGGGCGGGAUCAUUGGGGCAGUGUUGAUUGUAGCGGGACUAUACUUUGUCUUGUGGGGUAAAAGUGAAGAGAGGAAAUUUGCAAGGGAACAGCUUGCGAUUGCUUCCACUGCGGAGCAUAGCAUCAUAAGGCCCGCAAGCCAUGCCAAAGCAUCACUCAAUCAACCACUCCUUUCUUCAUCAUCAGAAAAUGUUUAAACAAGAAAAUUUCAAUUUCAAAACACAGCAUUUUCUGGUGUGAGAAGAAAAAGAAAAAGGGAAAAAUGAUAGCACUUAUAGGUUACUAGUUACUAGUGUUACUACCUUGUGUCAGCAAGCUUGUGUGUGUUCGAUUUUUCUCUCUCUUUUUGUUUUCUUUCUUUUUUUUUUUUAAAUUGAAAUGCUUUUUCAGUAGGUCAUUUAGAAUGAGAGAAUUGUGGGAAUGAUUGUCAUGGUGGAUGCCAAUUAAAGUGGGACCUAGAGCCUGAAAUCCCACAUAUGCUUUUGUAUGUGUUAAUCAAUUUAUGGUUUGAUUUACGAAAAGAAAUUUUAUUUUUCGGGUCA